AUGGCCUUCACGUACCGUGAUCGGACCUCGGAGUUCCGAUCACUCUCCGAGACCCUCCAGAAAAUCGGAGGAAUCACAGCCGUUCAUCAACCUCAGAAUGUCUCAUCUCCGUCCAAACCUCCGGGACCCGCCUCUUCUGGAUCCGAAUUCAACAAGAAGGCUUCCCGAAUCGGGUUGGGGAUACAGGAAACCUCUCAGAAGAUCUCAAGGCUUACCCAGUUGGCAAAGAGGUCGUCUAUGUUUGAUGAUCCGAUAAUGGAAAUUCAGGAAUUAACUGUUUUAGUGAAGAAUGACAUUACAGCACUGAAUGUGGCUCUUACCGAUUUGCAAACCAUUCAAAGCAUGGAAAUAGCUGAUGGAAGUUAUUCCCAGGACAAAGUUGUUCAUUCAACAGCCGUCUGUGAUGACUUGAAAAGCAAACUUAUGAGGGCUACCAAACAGCUUCAAGAUGUAUUAACCACUAGAACAGAGAAUAUCAAGGCUCAUGAGAAUAGGAAACAGAUAUUUUCUACAAAUGCAUCAAGAGAUAACCCUUUCCGUCAACCUGCAAAAAGUGUGACCGAACCUGCUCCCUGGUCAACUACAACUAGUGCACCUGGAAAUUUGCAACCAUCACCAUUGCCAUCAAAUGAAGUUCAAGCUGGCAGCCAACUGAGACGAAGGUUAGCUGUGGAUAACCCUCCAUCGCAGCAAAUGGAAAUGUCCAUGUUACAGCAGGUAGUUCCAAGGCAAGAAAAUUAUACACAAAGCCGGGCUGUUGCUCUACACAAUGUAGAAUCUACAAUUUCCGAAUUGAGUGGCAUCUUUACACAUUUGGCUACAAUGGUUGCACAGCAAGGGGAACUGGCUAUCAGGAUUGAUGACAACAUGGAAGAAUCACUGGCAAAUGUUGAGGGAGCACACAACGCUUUACUAAGGAAUCUCAACCGAAUAUCAUCAAAUAGGUGGCUUAUAAUCAAGAUAUUUGCCAUUUUGGUAUUUUUCCUGAUUGUCUUCAUCUUCUUUGUGGCUUAA